CUGGGUACAAGCCUUCCUUAUUAUUAAUUAUUAAUUAUCAGAAAACAAUGAGAUCUGCCCAAACACUAGAACUCAAAACGGCGAAGGGCAGAGAAGUGUGAAUUACGUUUGAAAAUGCACGGUAGGCCUCGCAAAGCGCUGAAGCAAGAAGAUGAAACUGCUUUAUCAGCGAAGACUCAAAAGCUUCGUUCACUGCAAACUCAGUUCCUUGCCAAUCACCACAAUCGCAUAUAUAGCAAGGAAGCGCUAGAUGUGAGUGCGAAGCUUCUAGAAGUUAAUCCAGAGUGUUACACAGCUUGGAAUUAUAGAAAACUCGCGGUUCAACACCUUCUCACUAACUCCGAUUCCGAUCCUCAUUCUAUCUUCCAAGGCGAGCUCAAACUGGUGGAGAUUGCGCUGAGGAAGAAUUUCAAGUCUUACGGCGCGUGGCAUCAUAGAAAAUGGGUGCUCAGCAUGGGGCAUUCGUCCAUCGACAACGAAAUGCGCCUUCUGAAUGGUUUUCAGAAGGCCGAUCCUCGAAAUUUCCACGCGUGGAAUUACCGAAGGUUUGUUACCGAACUGAUGAAACGAUCUGAUGAGGAUGAGUUGAAAUACACGGAGGAGGUUAUAGGAGCUAAUUUCAGUAACUACUCUGCAUGGCACAACCGUAGUGUUCUUUUGUCUAAUUUGCUGAAAAGAAAGGCUGAAGGAUAUUUCCCGAAAGAAAAAUUUUUGGAAGAAGAGUUUGAACAUGUUCACAAUGCUAUUUUUACUGACCCAGAUGAUCAGAGUGGCUGGUUUUAUCAUCUUUGGCUUAUUGAUCAAACCGUGAAAACUGAUGCUCCUCUUCUUGUUUCGUCUUGGCCAUCCCAUGGAUCUAGUAUAACUCUAAUUGGGGACAACAGCCUUCAAGGUUGUCAUUUGUCUCUUCUAAAUGGUACACUAUCAGACACUGCAACUCUACCGGUCAUUCUUAAUUUCAAUCAAGCUGUAGAAGGAAUAAACUCAUCCACAGUGUCUAUUAAAUCCGAACUUUUAGACGAGGAACUUAUUUGGAAACCACUUUCGAUGAGCAAUUCGAAUACUGCUAAAGUUUGGGUUGUAUAUCUAAACCUUGGAAAUAUGGAGCUUCAAUCGUCAAAAACCUACACGGUAGAUAUCAGCAUUGGACAUUCUGAGGGUAUUGUAUCUUCUAAUGAAAAUCAUUAUGGUGAUCCUUCCCAAAUUUCCUUUAAAGUGUUUGUACAGACUGCAUCUAUUAAACAUUCUGAAGGACAGGGUGGGAAAAGGACUACAUGGAAGGAUACAAAUUUCCGUAAAAUUGAUCAUUUUCAGGAGUCAGAUCCCAUUCUUUCCGCCGUUCAAAAUCACCAUAUUCCAACAACUUCCGAUUGGCACACUGAGGAAAUUGGUGAAGAAAUAACUAAAUUUCGGGACUUACUGUCAGAGUAUGAUUGUAAAAUUGGAAAGCUUACACUUGCAAGACUUUUGACUGCUCUUGAUUUGUUAUCAUCUCAACAUGAUGGAAGAAUAUCUAACACUGAAGAAGUUCUUCAACUUUACGCCGAUCUGAUUAAGUUGGAUCCAACACAUUCUCUAUACUACAAAGACGAGCAUAGUCUAAUAUCAAUACAGCAGAUAACUUCAACUAGGGACUCUUUACUACCAUACUGCCACUACUAUGAAGAUGAAACAGAAACAACCGCUGGUUAUCUUUGUCUACGAUUACAAAAUCUAUCAUUGUCACGGCUGGGAUCCAUUGAGAAUUUAUUGUGGGUGCAAAUGCUAGACCUUAGCCACAACGAACUUCAAUCCAUUGAAGGAUUGGAGGCAAUGCAACUUCUAUCUUGCUUAAAUCUGAGUCAUAAUAAAAUUGGUAGCUUUACUGCUUUGGGGCCUCUCAGAUUGGUUAAGUCACUUAAAGUGCUAAAUAUCUCACACAAUGAGUUGGGUUCUCACUCGGUUGACACAACGAGAUACUUAUGCCCGUCUCCUCUAUCUCACACUGAAGAAUUUGCAUGGGACCGUUUUGAAAUCCUCACUGGCAGUGUUAGCGCCACAAAAUUCUGGGAAGCUUUCUUGAUUUUUGGAAGCUUGGCACUGACAGAAUUAAACAUAAUAGGGAAUGCAGUAGCCGAUGAAAACUUCAGGUCAUUUCUGGUCAAAGUUUUGCCAACGCUCAAGUGGCUAGAUGACGAAGAACUAUCUUGAUCAAUCUUGGCUUUUAUAGAUGGAGUUUUAUCUUACUGGUAUAAUGUGAAGAUUUUGCAUUUGGUCCUUGUUGGCAUCAGAUGCUACACUGCUAGUGACAUUUUUACUGUCUUUACAAAUGUCAAAUGACUUCUUGGGUUAAGUAGUACAAGCUCCUAGUUCAAAUCUCUGCUGCGCCUUAGUCGGGAAGAAGAUGCAGUUUAUACGAUCCUUAAGCAUGUAUACGAUCGGUGAUAUUAGGUUUGCAUUUCUCUAUUUAUAUAAUUUUUUAUGCCAAGACACGAAGGUGUAGUCUGUCCUUGUGAAGGAUGAAAUAUCAUUUGUGUAUCAAUCUCAUGUUGCUUUCAUCUUAAACUUUUACUUUGAACAUUGUAUUAAAGAACGUUUUUGGGACUUUCUGCCUCGCUUUGCUA